UUGAUAGCAUUUCCUCAGAAAUUGUGUGUACGAUACGGUUUUGGGAUAUGUUUAGUUUUAUUGAUUGGAAUUAGUCUCAUUUGGUAUCUCACUGAGUUGGAAUAAAUUAAACAAACUCCAACAUGGCAUUACGAACGUACGGCGAUAAGCCGAUUAGUUUCCAGAUCGAGGAAGGAGGAGAAUUUUAUUGCGUUGGCUCAGAGGUCGGCAACUACCUACGAUUGUUCCGUGGGUCUCUAUAUAAAAAGUACCCUGGAAUGGUCAGGAGGACCCUGACCAAUGAAGAAAGAAAGCGUCUAGUAGACAAUGGCCUGGGCCAGCAUGUCCUAUCAAGUUCUGUGUCACUUCUGAAAGCAUCAGAAGUUGAAGAUAUUAUAGAAGGCAAUGAUGAUAAAUAUAAGGCUGUGUCUGUGAGUCAGGAGCUAGCAACACCUAGAGAGAGCAAGAGCAAGAAGCCACACAACCCAUCAUGGAUGCCGGUGAUGCCGAACUCCUCACACUUGGAUGCCGUGCCGCAAGCUACGCAGAUUAGCAGGACCAGGGUUCAUAAUAAGAAGGUACGGACCUUCCCUCUGUGCUUUGACGACACAGACAUGACUUCAAUGCUGGAGAAUGCUUCGCAGAAGCAGAUUCUUGUCCCAAUCCGACUCGACAUGGAGAUUGAGGGACAGAAGCUCAGGGACACCUUCACUUGGAAUAAAAAUGAAUCUAUAAUAACUCCCGAGCAAUUCGCCGAAGUCCUCUGCGAUGAUCUGGAACUGAACCCAAGCACCUUCGUGCCUGCUGUCGCCUCGUCUAUCAGACAACAGAUCGAUGCUUUCCCGAGCGAACCACCAGCUAUACUGGAGGAGCAGAGCGACCAGCGGGUUGUGAUUAAACUGAAUAUACAUGUUGGGAACACUUCGCUUGUUGAUCAGGUGGAGUGGGAUAUGUCCGAAAAAGAGAACAAUCCAGAAGCGUUCGCGACCAAACUCUGCGCCGAGCUAGGAUUAGGCGGCGAAUUCGUGACAGGCAUUGCUUAUUCUGUGCGGGGGCAGCUUGGCUGGCAUCAGCGCACUUUUGCCUUCAGCGAGGCACCUCUCCCUGUCGUGGAGACCCCGUACCGCCAGCCCUCCGAGGCCGAAGCAUGGGCCCCAUUCCUGGAGACACUCACAGACGCAGAAAUGGAGAAGAAGAUCCGUGACCAGGAUCGCAACACGCGUCGCAUGCGUCGUCUCGCGAAUACUACGCCUGAUGUGUCAUUGGGGCGAGCGGUCAACCGCCUGAUUCGCGCCGACGAGGCUCUCUUCCAGUCAACACCCGAGAAAAGGAGGAAAAAGAUAUAAUCACCCAGUUCACAGCAAUUGGUGACAAGUUUGUCAGGCUGGUAAAGUUGGCACACUUGUCACGCCGCUUCGUGUGAUUGAAGAUCACCACUACAUUUAAGAACCCCACUCCCCCACAUUAUAAAGCAUGACUGAGUGUCCUGAGUCGACACUUCAUAGUGUGGACGCAAGCUCGCUGCACGCGUCACCGACGAAGCAUCUUCAAAACGGAAUUAAUUGAAAUAUAUUUUGGGAAAAUUGUCAAUGGAAUCAGACCUAGCGAAAUCUGUGACUUAGAGUUACUACGUAAGUUUGCUAAAAAUAUAAAAACAGGUCUUUGACGUCAUUAGUAUCUAACUAUGAACACUCUAAAAGAAUUACAAUGACAUGUUUUACCUGCAUUUGUAACACUUGAACGCUAUCUAGUAAAUCCAAGAACAUAAGCAUAAGAUAGCAAAAUGUAGACCUUACUAAGUGCAAAGAGGAUCGAGUAUUAUAGAGAGUUACUGUCGAAGUAAAAUGUGUAAUCACAGCAGGCUUAAAACUUUUGAACCUCAGUUUUGACAAUUUGGACCAUAUUCUUAGCUUGAUAUGUGUUAAA